CACACUCCGAAUGUAUUGUUGUCUUGUCAUUUGAUCCUUGACAGAAAGCUGCACGGUGACACUUCACCAUUUGUUUUGUUCAGAAAAGUGGAAUGUUAUUUUUGUUAUUAUAUUAUUUAGGUAUUUUGACUUAAGGGAUGUUGAACAGGUUUAAGAGCGCUGUUAUAGGCGCUGUAAGCAGCAUAGAACCCACUAAUGGUGCAAUAGAUGGUACACAAUAUAACAAAGCCAAUUUGGCUCCGAAAUUUCCUUAUGGAAGGCCCCAUUUUCUUGGGUUAGGAGACGAUGAGGUUCAAAUGAGCGCUGAUCAUAAACUUAGGCCUAUUAUUCAUCCUAAUAAACCACUGCCAUAUGAAUCAGGCUAUGCUGAGUGUGUUAAUGCAGGAAAAUCUAGGUGGAAUGAAGACCAAGCUGUAUAUAGGCAAGGAGUGUUAACUAAAUCAAAUAUUGCUAUUCCUUAUACAUAUUAUGGCAUUUUUGACGGACAUGCUGGGGUUGGAGCUGCACUUUGUGCUGCUAACCAGCUGCAUCAUAUUAUCCAUGAAAAACUGGUUGAUGCUCAAGAUGAUAUAUGGGUGAAUUUUAACACUUCAAACUUGUUGACCACAAAGCCUAGAGAUUUACUGAUAAUUGGAGCACUAGAAUCCUCUUUUCGAGAAAUGGAUCAGCUACUAUUAGAGGACCGCAAUAAAUACCAAGCAGCUGGUGGCUGUACGGCAAUAGUAGCCUUGUUUAUUUUAGGCAAACUUUAUUUAGCCAAUGCAGGAGAUUCCCGAGCAAUUAUCUGUAAAAAUGAAAAGCAUUUCCCUAUGUCUAUGGAUUUUACGCCUGAAAAUGAAAGGGAUAGAAUUAGACGGCUUGCACAAGAGCAGCCAGCUUUAUUAGGUAAAGAAUUUACAGCAAAAGAAUAUCUUGGUUCGUUGAGGUCUGGAGACCUGGGAAAGACUGUAAUGUUUAGGGAUGCCUACAUGAAGGGAUGGGCAUACAAAACACUUCAACCUGAAGAUCUCAAAAUGUCAGUUAUUACUGGACAUGGAAAAAGGAGUAGAGUGAUGGGCACAAUUGGUGUUACUCGGGGAUUUGGCGACCAUGACCUUACUGCAGUUUAUCAAAAAUUGCCAAUCAAGCCAUUUCUUUCCUCUCACCCUGAGGUCCAAGUGCACAAACUAAAUGCCACCGAUGAAAGUGAAGUUUUAGUAAUGGGUACUGAUGGUCUCUGGGACGUGACGGAUGGUUCGAAAGCGGCAGAAAUAGUUUCCAAGUCCUUGACAGCUUUUGAAGAUAAAAAAUAUAUUAGUGCAGCCACAUGUUUAGUAGGAUAUGCUAGGGGAACUUUAGGUAAUUCUUGGCAAUUAAAAGGUGGAAAACCUGCAUCAUGUGAUGACAUAUCAGUUUUUGUUAUACCAUUGCUACCAUAUAAACAAGAAUACGAGGAUCUGCUCAGUAAAUGUAAUUCUCAUGUUCCUUCUAAUAUAAGCAGUGAAUAUUCUAGUGUUGACAUGAGUGAUGAUUCAAAUGAUACAACUGAUUGCUAAGAAAAGCAAGGUUCGCAUAAUAUUCUGUCUAUGAGACCCUUCAAAAAGCUGCUUUGAUAUAAGUAGCGAACUGGUAUCGCUUUUGGAGGCUAUAUUAAUGUUAUUCGGAGAAUUAACCGUGUUUAUUGAAAUUAGUGGUUUCCGUAAUAUUGAAGCAAAUAAUUUGUUAAUACUUCUUAUCCCACAAUUAAAUAAUAUGACCAACAUAUUUUAUUUGUACAUUAAGCAUGAAAGAACCUUCAAUACAAAUGGCAAAAGAAAAGUAUUUUCUUAGUUGCUCCCAGUAACUAUUGCAACUAGCAUUUAAAUACUUUCUACUCCCUUCUUUGAAAAAACUACUGUUUGACGCAAUAAUAAAAGUUCUAACUUUUAAAACGACGGAUGGGUGUGAUUUUGGAAAAGGUGUCCAAUUUUUAAACGGUUAAACGUUAAACUUGAAAAUGAUAUUAAACGUCAAAAAAUAAUUUGCCCGCUGCUUUAGGCGACUCCCAAACAGAAAAAAAAAUUAAAAGGUAGAACGGGGUUUCUUUUAGCACACGCAUUAUAUUAAAAAUAAUGAAUGAGGAGUAAAAUUUCCUCCCAAAUAUAAAUUUUUGUAUUAAAUUUUUAAGAUUUUGCUUGAUUUUUGGUUUUUAAUUUUUGGAUUAGGUAUGACAGGACGUGUUUUUACGGCUGAAUGAUAUGUAAGACUUUUAUUGUGUCAUCAUUUUAACGCAAGUUAUUUCCUUGACAUACAUUUUCUGAUUUAUUUGUUCCAUAGUCGUAUGGUUGGAAUCUUUGGUGUGACACUCAAAUCACAAAACAGUUUUACCUCAUUCAAAAACAAACAAACCUCUUUUCUUGUUACAUUUGAGAUGACCAUAGUCUUAACCACCAUUAAUUAAAUGAAGAUAAAACAUUAACUUAAAAUGCUUGUACUCUGCCAUUUUGCGAACAAGUUGUUGUUUUGAAGGUGGUACCUGUUAAAGAUUCCUCUAUAGUGUUACAUCUGUCCAGAUCUGCGAAAAUAUUUCCGAAAACAGUUUAUAUGUAUUUUUUAUAAAUAAUUUAAAUACCUAAUUAUGAUACGAAUGACUCAUUCGGCAAUUUACUUAGACCGAAGUAUUUGAUAGAUCUUUUGGAUUUAAUAAAUUUGUGUUCAUAAAUGUUAGUCAGAGCUAUAUUUUUUUGCAAAAACGUUUAUUUUUACUAAACAUAGUUCUGACGUAAACUAAUAAAAAUGAAUUUAUAUAGCCGCAUAUAGGUUUAUAUACUUUUAAUAAAUAAAAAAAAUAUUAAAAAUAGGACAAUAUUUUUAUUUUACUCGUUUCGAAUUUAUAAAAAGUGAACUGCUGUUUUAUCAAAAUUUAAAUUUAUUCCAAAAUUGCUUUGCUGAUUUAACGUUAAGCAUCCAUUUGUUAAAUAUACGGAAGUUAAAGUAGGUACUUAAAUUCUCGUUAUCUAACUUUUUAUAUAAAACAAUAUUUUCAAAUGAAAAAAUAAUAUAGUAUACACUUUUUAUUUCAUACUACAUGCCACAAUAGAUUAGAUACUAUAUCCCAUAUGGUCUGACAAUUUUUAAUGGCAAUACUAACCAUAAUCUAAUGGCUAUUGAUAAUCAAACUAUUGAAAUGCCACAUUAGUGUGUAAAAAAAUGCUCAAUAGAACAAAACCAUUUGUAAAUUUAAAUUCAAUAUAUAAACUAAUAAAACAUUUUCGCAAAUUUCUUUUUAAUUUUAUUGUCAUAAAACAGUGAACUGAAAAUUACAGUUACUCUUUUGGUUAUACAAAGUAAAUUUUGUUUAAUAAAUUGCACAAAAUCAUUGUCUUAUAGUAAAUUUUUAAAAUUAAAUUCCAAAGUAUUACUAUUGUGAUUUAAGAACAACUUUAAUUUUAUUUUAAUGUUGAUUUUUUUGAUAUACAAUAUUUCUUUUUUUGUGGUAUAUAAAUUGAAUACUAAGAUGUUAAUCUAAGCAAGUUUAAAUAUGUAUAUACAUAUACUUAACUGCAAUAUUUUAAAACAAAAAGUGUACAAAUAUUGUUACUUUUUAAUAUAGUUUAAAGAAAAAAAGAACUGUCAUGUCCGAAGAGCUUUUAUUUGUUAAUAUAUAAAAUUAGCAUUCAAUUUUUUAU